GGGUGGCAGCAACGACCAAUGAUAGAGCGGGCAGUCCGAGUAUCUAGGCAGAUCGGGGCUGUUCCAGCCAUUCAGAAAAAAGAAAAUAAAGCAACGCACGAGCCCGCUGGGCCAGGACCGUGGGGCUGGGCUGGAGUGAAGGUGGCUACGAGCCCUCAUGCCAGGAUGGCAGAAGAUGAACCUGAUGCUAAAAGCCCAAAGACAGGGGGAAGGGCCCCCUCAGGUAGUGCCGAGGCAGGGGAACCCACCACCCUUCUUCAGAGGCUCCGAGGUACCAUUUCCAAGGCCGUGCAGAACAAAGUAGAGGGAAUCCUGCAAGAUGUACAGAAAUUCUCAGACAACGACAAGCUGUAUCUCUACCUUCAGCUCCCCUCAGGGCCCAGUACUGGGGACAAAAGCUCAGAGCCAAGCACACUCAGCAAUGAGGAGUACAUGUAUGCUUACAGGUGGAUCCGCAACCAUCUAGAAGAGCAUACGGACACCUGUCUGCCAAAACAAAGUGUUUAUGAUGCCUAUCGGAAGUACUGUGAAAGCCUUGCCUGCUGCCGCCCACUCAGCACAGCCAACUUUGGCAAAAUCAUCAGAGAGAUCUUCCCUGACAUCAAGGCCCGAAGGCUUGGUGGCCGGGGCCAGUCCAAAUAUUGCUACAGUGGCAUACGAAGGAAGACCUUGGUAUCUAUGCCACCCUUGCCUGGACUUGACCUAAAGGGCUCUGAGAGUCCAGAAAUGGGCCCAGAAGUAACCCCAGCACCUCGGGAUGAGCUGGUCGAAGCAGCCUGUGCCCUGACCUGUGACUGGGCAGAACGGAUCCUGAAACGGUCCUUCAGUUCCAUUGUCGAGGUCGCCCGCUUCCUGCUGCAGCAGCAUCUUAUCUCUGCCCGAUCUGCACAUGCCCAUGUGCUCAAGGCCAUGGGGCUUGCUGAAGAGGAUGAGCAUGCCCCUCGGGAGCGGUCGUCUAAAUCCAAGAAUGGCGUAGAGAAUCUGGAAGGUGGAGCCCAUAAGAGACCAGAGAGACAGGCCCAGCCUCCUAAGGAGCUGGAAGCCCGGGCUGGGGCUGGCCCCCCAGCACGUGGAGAGCGGAAGAAGAGUGUAGUAGAGACCCCGGUGCCAGCACCCAGUAACCCUCAGGUUAAUGCCCUAGUGGCCAGGCUGCCUCUGCUCCUCCCCCGGGCCCCUCCCUCACCUAUUCCACCAAUCCGAGUCUCUCCAUCCAUUCUGGCCCCCAAGCUUUCUUCAGGCGCUCUGAAAAUGGCUACACUGCCUCUUCCCAGUAGGGGUGGUGGACCCCAAGCAGCUGUGCCCAUCUUUAACAUGAUCUUACCAACUGUUCCUGCUUUGCCUGGACCCGGACCCGGACCCGGACCUGGACCCGGGCCUGGGCCUGGUCAAGCUCCACCUGGGGGGCUCACUCAGCCGAGGGGCACAGAGAACAGGGAAGUGAGCAUAGGUGGUGACCCGGGACCCCAUGACAAGGGUGUCAAGAGGACAGCUGAAGUACCUGUGAGUGAGGCCAGUGGGCAGGACCCACCAGCCAAAGCAACAAAGCAGGAUGUAGAGGAUACAGGAAGUGACGCCAAAAGAAAACGGGGGCGCCCUCGAAAAAAAUCAGGUGGAAGUAGGGAAAGGAACUCUACCCCUGACAAGUCAGCAGAUGCCGUGGACGCUGCCCAGCCCUCAAGGUUACCACCGGAGACGUGGGCCUCUGGAGGGGAAAGCAAUUCAGAGAGGCCAGGGCUAGGGGGAGAGGCUGAGAAGGGGGUGCUUGCCCAAGGUCAGGAGGGUGGUGCUGUUUCCCGAGGAGGAAGGGGCCCCAGUUCCCGGCAUGCCAAAGAAGCAGAAGAUAAAAUUCCUCCUGUCGCCCCGAAAGUGAGUGUUAUCAGGGGCAGUAGAAGCCAAAAGGAGGCUCUUCAUUUGGUUAAGGGAGAGGUAGACACAGCGGCACAGGGUAAUAAAGACUUAAAGGGACACGUGCUUCAAAGCUCCUUACCCCUGGAGCGGAAAGACCCCAAAGCCACACCCCCGUGAUAGGUAUGCAAGGAAGAGUGUUUAUAUCCCCGUGUUAACUCUGCCGGUCUCUGCACUUGCUUCUCACCUGGCUCUUCAUUCUAUCCUGCAUAGACAGCUGAGGCACCUUGUCUUACACAGUGCCUGGUUCUAGCCUCUUGCCUUUCCAGCUCAGUACCCUUGGCUUUAGAGUCGCUAAUAAACCUGUAGUGACCAUCUCUCCUGGAUCCCUGCACUAACCUAUGGAACUAUAGGGACGGAAUAUGAUAAACAUAUAGAGGAGGAAUCUUUCCCUUUUAAAUCAUAGAAAACCUAACUCCAACCGACUUAAAAGAUUUUUUGGCUUGUGGAACUGGAAAAGUCCAGAGGUAGUGCUGGCUCCAGGUAAAACUGAUUCAGUGGCUCAGUAUGUCUCUAAAUACCAGACUGUUUUUCCCCCCGCUGCUCUACCUUCUGUAGGAUCAUCUGAAGCCCAGGGCUCCUUGUGGCUGCCAGCGCUCCUAGGAUUACAUGUUUCCUCAUUUAUGUCCAGCCAGAAAGAGCAGGGCAUCUCUGUGCCAGGAGUCCUAGCAAAAGCCCUAAGAUUCACUCUGGUCAGGCCGGCCUGGGUCACAUGCCUACACCUAACUAAUCACUGUGGCCAGGAGAUUGGUAAAUGCUAAUCUGCUUAUUUAUUGUACCCGUGGGCUGCACUUUUCGAAGAGGGCAGAAUCAGCCUCUUUAGAAUCACAUAGAUCCUUAAAUGGAAACUGGGAGUGGGCAACUCCUGGAGAGGCAGCUGACACCUGGCCACUGCAAUGAAGUACACGUGGUUUUAGCUUGCCAGGCUAAGAGCAACUCUGCCUGCUGCCUUUUUCCCUCAUGCUCUAGGAUUUUUCCUUACUGCAGCAGGAGUCUCUUACCUCUUGUUUUAGUCUCAGAAGGAAUGAGAGGAAAGCCAUUCUCCUUUAGGGACUAUCUCUUUAGUCUCAUUUAGAUGACAAUCCCCUCCCCCCCUUUUUUAACCUACAUCUUAGAGAUGGAUAUUCUUCCUUUUCCUGUUUCUGAAUUUUAGUUUUCUCAUUCCUGCUUCCCUAUCCCCCACCCUACUGCCUCUGACCAAUAAAGUGAAAAGAUUUACUCCCUAGUUAUUAAAUUCAUUCUGUAUCCACCAGGUGUCAGUCUCUUGUCAUACACGUGUCAAGACUUAGCCAGGAUUGUGGGGUUUAGAAAGCUGUGUUUGGAAGGAGAUAGCUCUGCAUAUCAGGGAGCACCAGUGGAAGGAAUCCAGCCCCUCCAGGUAUAUAUUAGAGAAAAGCAGUAAACCAGCCAAUAUUUAUUGAGGACCUACUUUGUCUUCUAUGUAGGGUAGCUUCUUUCAGGGAGUCUCACUUUUCUUUCAGGGAGCCUUUGUUCAUGUGUUCAUUUAUUUCCACCAUUGCAGAUUUUUAAAAAUUAUACUAUGUAAUGUUUGAUAUCUAUAAAGAAUAUAUUUAACAUUGAAUAAAUUAUGAAGCAUAAUAA